GGAACGGGAUGUGUACGGGAAUCAAAUAACAGGGAGAAGUCGGAUGGCUGCGCAAAUACUUGGAAUUCCGUUUCCGUCGUUGUCUAUUCCGUAAACUUUGACAAGCAGAAAGUUGUGUUUCUAUGAUAGGCUACAACAGUCUCAAUAGCUUGAAUAUCCAGUAAAAACUGGAAAUGGCUUCUUCGCCACAGAAAUCACCUUCUUCUCCCAAAUCUCCGACUCCAAAAUCACCACCUUCAAGAAAAAAAGAUGACUCUUUCCUCGGAAAACUUGGGGGAACUUUGGCCAGAAGAAAAAAGGCAAAAGAAGUGUCUGAGCUCCAGGAGGAGGGCAUGAAUGCCAUCAACCUGCCACUCAGCCCCAUCCCCUUUGAGCUGGACCCAGAGGACACCAUGCUGGAGGAGAAUGAGGUCCGCACCAUGGUUGACCCUAACUCCAGGAAUGACCCCAAACUACAAGAACUGAUGAAGGUACUCAUAGACUGGAUCAAUGAUGUGCUGGUGGGGGAGAGAAUCAUUGUCAAAGACCUGGCUGAGGACCUCUACGAUGGGCAGGUUCUGCAGAAACUCUUUGAGAAGCUGGAGGGUGAGCGGCUGAAUGUGGCUGAGGUGACCCAGUCUGAGAUAGCCCAGAAGCAGAAGUUGCAGACAGUUCUGGAGAGGAUCAACGACACUCUGAAGGUCUCAAUCAGAAACAUCAAAUGGACCAUUGACUCUGUCCAUGCUAAAAGCAUCGUGGCCAUUCUCCAUUUACUGGUGGCGCUGUCUCAGCACUGCCGCGCCCCCAUCCGCCUACCUGAUCAUGUGUCCAUUCAAGUUGUGGUUGUACAGAAACGGGAGGGGAUCCUGCAGUCUCGCCAGGUUCAGGAAGAGAUCACAGGGAACACGGAGGCUCUAUCAGGAAGACAUGAGAGAGAUGCGUUUGACACUUUGUUUGACCAUGCACCAGACAAGCUGAAUGUGGUGAAAAAGACUCUGAUCACCUUUGUGAACAAACACUUGAACAAGUUGAACCUGGAGGUGUCUGAAUUGGACACACAGUUUGCUGAUGGUGUGUACCUGGUGUUACUGAUGGGACUGCUUGAGGGCUACUUUGUUCCUCUCUUCAACUUCUUCCUAACGCCAGAGCAUUUUGACCAAAAGGUGCACAAUGUGGCUUUCUCCUUUGAGCUGAUGCAAGAUGGCAGCCUGGAGAAACCCAAGCCACGCGCAGAGGAUAUUGUGAACUGUGACCUGAAGUCUACUCUGAGGGUACUCUACAACCUCUUCACCAAAUACAGAAAUGUGGAAUAAAGACGGAAGCUUCACCGUUCAUUCAGUUAUAUCGACGUAUCUAUCAAGCAAAUGCCCUGUUUAGAUGUAUAUUUCAGGGCAAACACAAUGCAUCGAAUAGGGAGAGCACACCUGUGUUAGCUUUGUCCUGCUGAAGGCUCACUAAAACACAAGUACAGCACAGUAUGUUGUAAAGUACUUGGAUAUGAAAAGACAGAUAUAUUUCAGUAUUAUUGAAGGUUAACUUAAUGAAUUGUUGAUUAUGCCGUCGUAUUGUUGAGUCAUUGCCAUGUUGAAUUGUUCUUGCCCAUGUCAUUCCGGGCCGACACCGUUUGAAGUCUACUUGGAUUCUCUUCCGACUACAUGAAGGAUCAGAAUAUAGAUGUAUUGAAUGUAUGACAGCUGAGUUUGUGCUUAUCAAAGUAUUUACUUACCAUCUUUUGAAAGAAAUCAGAAGUUUUGAAUUGGCUCAGAAUGUUUUUGAUUUUUGGGCUUAUAACGCAGUGGCACCCCAUAGUACGCACUAUUAAUUUAUAUACUGCCACGCUGCAUAUCUUUACCUUUGUUUGGUUUAUGUCUAAUUUUAUAUAUUUUAAUACUGGUCAUUGUGCUUUAAAAAUAGUCUACCUUUUAGUGACAUUUUGGCUCAUCAUUUACCAAAGAAAGUAUUUUAGAUAAAUGAUAUGAAGCUGUUAGUCUUAAAAAUAUUUUGUACUUAUCCAAAGCAUGAUGUAUGGCUAAUUUUGACUAUUUGUUUAUAAUCUAUUCAUAAAAAAGGUUUGUAAAGUAA